UUCAGAAUUUGCUCGAAAUAAAUUCAUCAUCAUCAAGAAAUGCCGUUUUAGAACAUUCAAGAACCGGCGAAGAAUUGCAACAAGAACCGAAUUGAACAUGCACCUUAACCACGCGAAGUUAAAAAUACGAAAAAACAUUAAAAAGAUCAAAAAACUGAAAACAAAUUUUAAAUUAAAAAUAGAAAUUUCGAAUUUUAAAAGGCGAUAAUUUUAAAUUAAUUCGAUUUUCUAAAACGAUAAUUUAUAUUGGGCUAUAUUAGCCUUGUUAUUAUUAAAUUUAGUUCAAAAUAAUUAUUUUAAUUAAUUAAUUCAAUUUAUCUUUUUUAAUUAAAUCAAAAAAUGACUUCGAAAUUAAACCAAAGAUGUCACGUAUUCUUAAUAAUCACGGCGAUAGCGGCUUUAGUGACCGUAAUUGUAGUAGUUUGGACGUUUUAUGGAAACAACUCGGAUGGUGAAGGACGAGGAGGAAACCACCGACUUAAUCGUAAUUCUUCGGAAGAUGAAAAACGACACUUAACGGCGACUAAAGAUUCAAUUUUGGAUGAUGAUCGAAACGAGGAGAAAAGCGUUGUUGAAAAGAACGAGGUUUCGUUAAACGUUGAAUACAUUAAGUUAUGGAAAGUUAAUCCUUUACCAUUACACGAAAUCGAUUUGUUGUAUGAUCAAAGGAAAAAUGAAACGAUAGGUGAAUUAGUAAUAAGACAUAGUGGUCAUUAUAGACACAAAACGGCUCAAAUUUGGGACCCCCAUCCCGAGUACAAAAUAAAAGUUUUCGGCCAAGAAAUCCACAUGCAAUUGAUGCACAAUUCCGAUAACAACAUCGCUCAUCCCGAUCUCUACGUAACUCAUUAUUUCGAAAACGUAACUCAAAAAGUACGUCACGAUUCGAAAAUUUCCGAUUGUUUUUAUAACGGAAAAGUGAAAAACGACCCAAAUUCGGCGGUGGCGGUCUCUUUAUGUCACGGAAUGCUUGGUUAUAUUCACACGACGAAUGGGAAUUUCUACAUUGAACCUUACGAAGAAUUUUUUAAUUCUUCAACGCCGAUUUUGCACAAAGUUACGAAGAUCGUCCAAGAAAACGAUGUUAAUAUGGAAAAUGAUUGCGAAACGACAGGUAAAAAAUUCAUUAAUUUUCUAUAA